AUGGAAAAUCUCCCAAUCGACACUUCUCAUCCCGCGGUCAGAGAUUACCUCGCGCUUAUACGGCUACAAGUACUGACGCCGCUCUCGCUGCUCAUCAACAUCGCGACGGUCAUCGUAUGCAGUGUCGUUUUGACUCCAGGACUGGGCGAGAUAUCGAGGUUAUACCCAGCGACGAUCGCUCCGAACCCGAACGUACUCUCCAUAUAUGUCACGUUCGUCUAUAUCGGCCAACUGGGCUACUGUAUACUCCUCGUGUUGGCACGUAGGCCUGAAACCAAGGCGGCGAUGGUGAAGGGCGUUGGCAUGCCGCUCGUUAUUGCGAACUGGGUGAUGGCUGGGUGGGCUAUAGCUUGGGUUUUACAAGCUUUCCUCGUCGCGGCAGUCGCGCAAGGCAUUUUACUCGUACUAUUGAUUUACGCCAACCUCGUAUUGCUCGUGUACCAUAGGCCGACACGGUCCAGACCAUUUGACGUGCUAUUCAUUCACGCGCCCGCACGAGCGUUCAUGAUAUGGCCCUUGAUGAUUAUGUUCCCAUAUAACCUCUUCGUGACUCUUGGUUGGACGUUCUCGCCCGGCGAGCCUCAGCACUACGCGCGGCACCAAUGGGCAGGUUUCAUUGUCAUGCUCUGCGUGAACCUAAUCGGCCUCUUGGUCAUCAUUAUCCGGCGAGACGUCGUCUGGUGCAUUUCCGCAGUAUGGAUGUGCGCGUCGGUAUGGAGCCGACAGCCGAAGCCCAUGCCUGUCUGGCUUACAUGCGUGCUGUUCACCGUCGCCCAUCCGCUCGCUCUUGUUGCAUCUUGGCUGUGGAUGCGCCUGCGCGGCCGCCGCGAGGGCCGCAUCGCGCUUGCGCCGGACGAAGACGGACAUGCUCAAGGAAAUGGCCAAGAGCAGGGAAGGCCUGGAGGGCCGAGGGAGGUGGAUGCGGAAGCACUGUGGGGAUGA